AUGAAGUUCGACAACUUCUAUGUCUUGUACAAGCAAGACACCCGACUCUUGUUGUACUGGCUAGUCAAGACUUCAAACGGCAUCCUCCAGUCCCUGGAUGCCACUGAGGAUGAGCCACCACUGGAGCAAAAUUUCACAGGCCAGGUUACUGUCUCGGAACUCGUCUCCAUGUCGGAGCUCAUUGCGAAACACGAUAUCAAAAUACCAUCUGCGAUAUUUGGUUUGUUUCAGUCCGUGAUCGAGUUACGCUCCAUCUACUACUCUCAGUUUCAGCAGCUUGCAUCCGUACAACCCAGCGAAGAGCUUGAAAGAAAUAACUCGACGCACAAGCAUUUCAUCGAUACUCUGACCAAAGCGUUCAACAUCUUGGGCGGUGAAGAGUGGCUGGCCCAAGAUCAAGAGAAUCAGGCGAAGACCGGCGAGGAGGAAGCUAGCUCCAACAUCUUCGCCACUAUGAACAAGUUUUCAGUCUUAGAUCUAGAGAGCGAUCCAGAGAGUCAUGAAUCUCACGAAGAGUCCGACAAAGAGUCCAGCAGUGCCGCAAGUCCUCAGCAGAAACGACGAAGGCGGACCGGCAAAGGCAAACGAAAGAAAGGAAAGGGGAAGAAGGCACAGCGAGGGCGAAAGUCUUCAAGAGCAGCUGACAACCUCCUUGAUGAGGUGCCGCUGGAAAGCUACCGCAUAAUCGAAGACAAUGACAUGACGGAGUAUGUCAUGGCAGUCCUUGCGCUGGCGAGAGACUGGAUUCAGUUUCGAUCAUUCCUUCAGGAUUUUUGGGCAAAGGUAGCCUACAAGAACCUAAAUAGUGCAGUAGCAGCUACUGCAGCCAAAAUCGCUGUGGCAAUGGUCAAACAAUCCGAGGCUACGAUUUUUGUUGACUUUCCAGGUUACGAAUCGUUUGAGAUGAUCAUGCACACCCUCACGCGCGGAGACGUCAAGAAAGCAGAAAAGGAGUUUCGCCUUACCAUCCAUCCCUAUAAGGGAGAGGGCUCGGCCAAAACCACUGAAGUGUCGCUGGAUGUCAAGGAGCUUUUCCUUAUCCACGCCUUCGAAGACCUCGUCGAUUUCAUCACGGAUUAUCAGAAGACAAGAAGCGGCAAGCCGACGAAGCGGAUGCUUGCCCAGCUCGACAACUGGGAUCCUACAUUCAACAUACAAGACGCAACCAAGGAGGCGAGAAUCAAGUGGAGGCGCUGCUAUACAAUCAACUGGCUGUACGACCUUGUCAACGUCACCGCGUGUGCUGCUCUAUUCGGUGAAGAUCCCAAGGGAGAAGGCUUUGUGUUGGAGGAGGUCGACUGGUCCAACUCUGGGCCAUUGAAAUCCUUUCACAGGAUGUUUGGCCUGAUCGACUUUGCCGCAGAGGUUACGACGCUUGCAAUGCAGAAACCCGGCACUGCGUUUAGUCACAAGAUCCCGUCUUACCUCGUCUUCUAUCUCCAGUGCAUUAUGGAUGCCUGGACCAUCUCUCGUGGAUGGUCAAUCAGCGGCGUAGAAGGCCAUGUCAUCAUCGAGCCUCCACAAGAUUUUCAACCGCGGCGUGAUUUGAGCAAAUUUCUCGGUCAAGGGAACUGGGCAUCGUCGGGCCAGGGUUUCUUCCAAGCCACGUAUCGGCUCAAAUUGAUGUACCUGCGCUUCCAAAACAGUGGCAAGUCGUUCGAGCACACGCUGGAUUGCAUCGGCGUUCUUGAGAAGCUCGGUGUUGAAUUCGCCCAGGCGUUGGGAAAAUGCAAACUCUUCCAUCAACUAUCACCCUUUCUGCCCUCUCGAUUCGCGGCGACAAACCCCAACGGCGUGUGGGAUUACUCUCCUUUUUUCUGCGGCGCCGGCUUGGCAGAAGGACUUGAGCUCACUUAUCGAAGCAUCAUGGUUCUAUGGGAUAGAAUGCGAGAGCCCAUGCUGGUCCUUCACCUACACAACAUGCUGGUGCAAAAGGGGUAUCUUAAACAACCGAUAACCAUGUACGCUCGUUUGGAUGCCCUGUUUGCCGAAAGCUUCUACACGGGAGGACUUCGCCCCGAGGAGAAAUUUGUCGACGCUUUUCAAAGCCACGUUCACAAGAUGGCGACUCGCAAGGAAUUCCUUCAGGAGCGAACAAAUCGGCGAGCAGCAUCCACAGUCACUCGCACCCGUGACUUUCUAAAGCUCGUCAUUCUACGCCUCUUCAAGCAGAAAUCGACUCUGGUUCUCUAUGCUGAGGCAGAUUGGGACCCAUCGCGAAUCCCAGACAGCGAGGUCGAGCCGUGGUCGGCUCUGGGCAUGAUUCGGCUUAACCAGACGAGGCGCCUUCGCAACUCAGAGACUUGUGAUUGGCAGAUUGAGGAAACUGAAUUGGUCAAGCGUGCUUAUUCGACGGGCAUGAAUGAGCCGUUCAUAACGUCUCUUGAUCCAGUUUUUGAAGAGCUAAAGAAUACCAGGCAGGCAUUGCUGUCUCGGAUGACGGUCUGCAUACCAGAUUGCGCUUCUACGAAGCUGUCCUGGCUCCGGAAGACCUGCAAGGCUCCAGUCAAGCCACGCGGUAACGAAGAAGGUAGAGAGGGCGAGUUCAUGGCUGAAACGAUUCUGAGUAUGAUUUGGAACGACAUCCACGACGACAUUUGCGGUGAAAUCCGACCCAUGUCGAGCCUCAACUAUCUAUGCAUUACGGUACGAAUUCUUCAGUAUUUCGAACAGCUCGAGAAAGAGGCCAAAGACAGCGGCAGCGCCAUGAUCAGAGGUCUAUAUAAUGGCAUAGAGAACGGCGAAAAGUCGGGUUCCUUCAAAGGAGAUAAAAGACUGCUCGUUUCGCUGCGUGCGCUCGACGGCAAGGACGACGAACUCCUGAAGACGAUGGCAAAGGCGUUUGAGAAGUGUGGAGGAAGUCUAGCUGAUUUCACGUACUGGCCUGAGGAGGAUGGUAUGGCCUUGGCUUUUGAAGGACCAGUGGUGAAGACUGAAAAGCCUGAUUGUUGUGUGAUGUAG